AUGGACACUAUCAGAUAUAGUAAGUGGUGCAGUGGGCCCAAGGAGGUCCCCAGAGGGCGCUGGGGAUGCUGGGAAAACUUCAGACAAAGACUUUUCUUCCUGGCCUUGGCUCUCCUGAUGGCCACAGUCCUGUGGGCCUUCAUCCUGAGUGUCCUGAUGUCAAAGGCCUCCACAGAACACACGGUGCUGCUCGGCCACCAGGACCUGCUGAGGAUGAACGCCUCAGAGCAGGGUGUGAUGCUGGGUGCCUUGAAGGAGGAAGUCGGAACCUGCAAGAACUGCUGCUCAUGGACUCAGGUGGAGCUGCACACUGCCCUCUCUAAGCUCCGAGUGUUGCACGCGAAGAUGUUAAGUCUAGUGGGCAAUGUGAAUGAACUACAGGAGCUCGUGGCCCAGGGCUUGGCUAAAGCAGGCAGGGACCGCGAGGACAUCCGCACCGAGCUGUUCCGGGCACUGGAGGCUGCCAAACUCCAGAACUGCUCCUGCAAUCAGUGCCCCUCGUCAUGGCUACCUUUCCAGGGUUCUUGUUACUAUUUCUCAGAGCCAAAGGCUGCAUGGGAGGUGGCCCAAAGCCACUGUGCAAGCCAGGGAGCACACCUGGUGACCAUCAGGGACUUGGAAGAACAGGACUUCCUGAAUAAGCACACUCGUGGCCAGGGAUACUGGCUGGGCCUCAGGGCCGUGCGCCACCGGGGCAAGAUUCAGGGCUAUAAGUGGUUGGAUGGAGUCUCACUCACCUUCAGCUACUGGAACACAGGAGAGCCCAACGACUCUCAAAGUCGCGAGGACUGUGUCAUGAUGCUGCACUCAGGGCUGUGGAACGAUGCACCAUGUGACAGCGAGAAGGAUGGGUGGAUCUGCAAGAAGAGAGUCAACUGCUGA